GCGGCAGAGCGAAGCUGGCAGUGCAGACGGUGCUCCCCAGCGUCCGCGCGCGGCUGCCUGUGCGCAGUGCCCGUCGCGCCAUGACCGCGGCCACGCUCCUGUCCCGGCCCUGGCUCCAGCGGCUGGCUGUGCUCCUGCUCCCGCUGCUGCUGCUCCUGCUGCGCGCCGGCCAGGUGCGCGCCAACAGUAAGGUGUUCGGAGACACGGACCAAGUGCGGAUGACCUCAGAGGGCUCCGACUGCCGCUGCAAGUGCAUCAUGCGGCCACUGAGCAAGGACGCAUGCAGCCGGGUGCGCAGCGGCCGGGCGCGGGUGGAGGACUUCUACACGGUGGAGACCCUGAGCUCCGGCACUGACUGCCGCUGCUCCUGCACGGCGCCACCCUCCUCCCUCAACCCCUGCGAGAAUGAGUGGAAGAUGGAGAAACUCAAAAAGCAAGCGCCUGAGCUCCUCAAGCUGCAGUCUAUGGUGGACCUCCUGGAGGGCACCCUGUACAGCAUGGACCUAAUGAAAGUGCACGCCUACAUCCGCAAGGUAGCCUCUCAGAUGAACACGCUGGAAGAGAGCAUCAAGGCCAACCUGAGCCGGGACAAUGAAGUGGUGCAGGAGGGCUUGCGCCACCUCAGCGAGCAGCUGAAACUCUACGAGAACCACUCAGCCAUCAUGACGAGCAUCAAGAAGGAGCUGUCCAGCCUGGGCCUGCAGCUGCUGCAGAAGGACUCAGCAGCUGCCCCUGCCCCAGCCUCGGCUGCGCACCCCGGGAGCAAAGCUCAGGACACAGUCGGAGGGAAAGGCAAGGGCACCAACAAAUACGGCAGCGUGCAGAAGAGCCUGGUAGACCGAGGCCUCCCGAAACCUCCUAAGGAGAAGCUGCUGAAGGUGGAGAAGCUGAGGAAGGAGAGCGGCAGGGGCAGGUUCCUCCAGCCCACGGCCAAGCCCCGGGCCCUGGCCCAGCAGCAGGCUGUGAUCCGGGGCUUCACCUACUACAAGGCAGGCCAGAAAGAGGCAACUGACGCUGUGGCUGGUCUUCUGUCCACAGACAAUGCCCUCAAAGGCCCUUCCUGGCUGGAGCAGCUGCCGCCCAAGGUGGAGGGCCGGCCACCUGAGCCCAACUCAGCCACCGAGCAGGACGACAUUGGGCCCAGGACCUCAGAGGGCAUGGACUUGGCCCCUGGCAUGCCUACCUCAGACCCCACCACCACCACCACCACCACCCCAGCUCCCACCUCCAGUCCUCUGCCCACCGAGCCACCUUCACGCCCAGAAGUCCCUGGCCAAGGCAGAGAGGCCAGCUGCGAGGGCACCCUCCGGGCCGUGGACCCCCCUGUGAGGCACCACAGCUACGGGCGCCACGAGGGAGCCUGGAUGAAGGACCCCGCAGCUCCGGACGACAGGAUCUACGUCACCAACUACUACUAUGGAAACAGCCUGGUGGAGUUCCGCAACCUGGAGAACUUCAAGCAAGGCCGCUGGAGUAACAUGUACAAGCUGCCCUACAACUGGAUUGGCACGGGCCACGUGGUGUACCAGGGCGCCUUCUUCUACAACCGCGCCUUCACCAAGAACAUCAUCAAGUACGACCUGCGCCAGCGCUUCGUGGCCUCCUGGGCGCUGCUGCCCGACGUGGUGUACGAGGACACCACGCCCUGGAAGUGGCGCGGCCACUCAGACAUCGACUUCGCGGUGGACGAGAGCGGCCUGUGGGUCAUCUACCCCGCCGUGGACGACCAGGACGAGGCCCAGCCGGAGGUGAUCGUGCUGAGCCGCCUGGACCCAGGCGACCUCUCCGUGCACCGGGAGACCACGUGGAAGACGCGGCUGCGGCGGAAUUCCUAUGGGAACUGCUUCCUGGUGUGCGGCAUCUUGUAUGCCGUGGACACCUACAACCAGCACGAGGGCCAGGUUGCCUACGCCUUCGACACACACACGGGCACCGACGCACGCCCCCAGCUGCCCUUCCUCAACGAGCAUGCCUACACCACCCAGAUCGACUACAACCCCAAGGAGCGGGUGCUGUACGCCUGGGACAACGGCCACCAGCUCACCUACACCCUCCACUUCGUGGGCUGAGUGGGGAGCCAAGCACACGGGCCAGGGCAGCAGCAGGGGAGGGUGCUCCUCACAGCAACUCUGCCCCCGACCCGGCCCAUAUUUAUUGGGGGCAGCCUGGGCUAGGCUGGAGGACACGAGCCUUAGCACCAGUGGUUGGUCCCGCUUCUCCCUGCCAAGCUCUGUGCCAGCGCUUUGCAUGCACGUCCCCGCCGGAUGCCCCUGCUCCUUGGAGGCAGAGAUCAUGAGCCCAUGUAACAGCAGAGGAGACGGAGGCUGGAGGCAACAGCUCUUGCCUGAUGCUCCCGAUGCGACCAGGAAGGCUGUGCUCUCACUACAGCCCCGUUUUACAGAUGAGGAGACUUCUCUUGUUCUCUCAAUUUUGUUUCCCACCCCAGGGCUGCUCAAAUUGGCGGCCUCUGGGACCAGCAGUUAGUGUAAUGGCUAUGUCGCUGGAUUCCCAUGUAGCCGACUGAGGUUGGAGGCCC